GUUGGACCUUGCACUUUGCGAAAUGAAAGAUUUCUCGGCCGUCCUGGACCGCUUCAAGACGGGCGGCGGUAGCUCGCCGCCUAAACUGCCGGCGCCGCUGCGCAGCGCGCACGAAACACCUUCGUUCUUUGGCCUCUUGACACCUGUUGUCUCGCCACCCAAGCAAGCGGCGCCGUCGUCGUCGCCAUCGGCCUUUGAUGCCGAGUACGUGGGCUUCCACCGGGAGCGCUGGCUGCAGCAGUCGGGCGCCGCCGCCAAGGCCGCGUCGUUCCCGUCGUCGCACUAUGCCAACUUGCACCACCACUCGUAUGCGUCCAAGACCAAGGACGUCAACGUGCAGCAAAUCGACCGCGACAUUGAGCGGACGAUGCUGUACGACACGGCGUCGGUAGAGCAGCGGCGCCUCGGGCUCGCGACCGCGUCGUGCCGGCCAGCCAACGUGCCGAUGCUCCGGCGUGUGCUCGUCGCUGCGUCGUGGCACUUGACGACAGUGGGCUACUGCCAGAGUAUGGACAUUCUCUGCGCGUUCCUCCUCCAAUACCUCGACGAAGAAGACGCGUUCUGGAUGCUCGUGACGCUCGUCGACGACAUCCUGCCAGGGUACUAUACGCCGACGCUCGAUGGCAUUCAAGUCGACCAGCGCGUCUUCCAGGAGCUCGUGCAUGAGUACCUCCCCGAGCUGAGCGCGCACUUGGAGUCGCAGCAUGCAGGCGUCUCGCUGCUCUGCUUCCAUUGGUUUCUCUGCUUGUACGUCAACGUGCUUCCAACGCACGUGACGGAGCUCGUCUGGAGCUGCCUCUUUGAGUGGGGCCCUCGCGCGCUCUUUGAGAUGGGCUUGCGCAUCCUGACGAUUGCCGAGGCCGACCUGCUCGCCUGCGACAACUCGGUCGAGCUCCUCGAAACGCUACAGGACGUGGCGGUGCAGAUCAACAGCAGUAUCGUGCUGCCCGUCUACGAAGGCGUCCUUCUCAAGCGCGACGGCAAAGAGGGUCUCUCCAUGUCGCCGAUACCGUCGCCGUCGCCGCUCGCGCGGCUGCAAAAGCACGCCACAUGGACUGUCCGGAAGGCGUUUGAGUUUCAUAUUUCGGCGCCGUUUGUGGCGGCGCUGCGGUCGCACUACGCAAUGGCGCAUCGUCAUCGUGACGAGGUCGUGCCGCCCGAGCCAUCGAGCUUCGCGGGCCUUCCGCUGGCCCCCGAGACACCGCAGUGGCCAACGCCAGCGUCAGCCAAGUUUCAAGCGGUGCGUGCGAGCGUCGCAUCGUUUACGCGUGUUGCCGCCGACGUCGCGCCGUCACCGUCCGUUCUUUGCAGCCCGCGCCAUCAAGUUGUCAAGCCGACACGGAGCCAGUACGAGCUGAGCUUGCCGCGCGCGCUGCGGUCGACGUCGCCACCGAAUCAUCACCGGCUCGGAUCUCGCGCGCACUCGCUGCCUGAGCGACACCCUGUGCGCAACGAAGCUGGCUUUGGGCUUAACGACCUCAAGGCGCUCCAUGGUAGCAUUCUGGACCGUCUUCUCGACGAUCAAAAGAACCGGUGGCGCUGGGAGCGGCAGAAUGCCAAGAACGAGUGGGUCGGGUACUCGGCGCUCAGCGGCGCGAUCCUCGAGGGCUCCCAGAAGGGAAAUGUGUCGCACGUGACCUUGUGCGAAGACCGCAUCGAUACGUACGGUAGCUUUUCGCUGCCCGAAGCCACCCAAGUGCUUGUCGACCUCCACCAAAUGGUCGAGCAGUGCGAAGUGUCGGGAAGGGUCUCCAAAGUGCGGCGCGUGCGCGGACUCGAAGACACGAGUGUCUACGACGUGCCGCUGGACGUGCAAACGAUCCAGCGGGUGUGGGGCCACUGCGCGAGCCACGUGCAGCAGGCGUGGGAACCGACGGCCGUGCGCGAUAUGCUAAUGGCCCUCAUGCAGCCCAACGACACGAUCCUGCUCCGCGACAUUGGUAUUGGACUCGCGAUUGCGUGCACGGGGCCACCCAAAGACCGCCUCGAGUUUGUCUUGGGGCUCUUUGACUGCUUUCCAACGCAUGACGAGUCGGCCGUCAUCGAGGUCGUCGGCGCGUUGUAUCAAUGUUUCAAUGUUUCACCGAUGGAGUAG